GCAGUAUUCCACGCUACGGGCAAACACCUGGGGCAUAAGGAAACCCAACUGCCCGGCCGAGACCCCAGGGCCGCCAAGUAACAGCAGGGGCCCUCCCAAGCAGCAUGACCUGCUGCCUGUGGAGUGUGGUUUUCUGAUCAGGAAUGUCUGAUGUACUCGAACCAGCCCCAGUUAAAGGGAAUUUAUUUUACGUGCUCAGUCUCCACAACUGUACUGUCACAGCGCCGUAACAAACAGCUCCAAACUGGGGACUUGGCCCAACGAAACUCUGUGUCUGCGCACGCAUUGCCUGUUGGGGGUCCAGAUGACUGCUCGCAUCCGUCAUCUGCGGCCUGUGUCAGGACAGUCUGAUGGAAGCUUGGCUACAGUGGCAGAGGGAAGAAGCCCAUCCAGAGGGUUUUCUGCCAACACCUAAGGGCUCUGCCCAGUAGACAUGGCUGCCCAUUACCCACUGGCCAGACGGGUAACAUGGCCCAUUUAACUGCGGGGGCAGGGGGCGUGGGAGGGUGUUACCCUGACACGGAAGCUCCACAGGAGAUCAGGCUGAGAGAGGACAGAGUCUCUCUACACCACUGAUUAAAAAUACAGGCUUUAUUGUGAUUUAGGCAUGGCAAGAAGGAGACCCACCUGCCAUGCCGGCCACACGGGAAGCACCAGAGUGGGUCAGGAAGCAGAAAGGAGAAGCAGAAAGUGGUUUCCAUGGGAAGGACCAGACAAGGCUUCCUGCUGGCCCAGUCCUGGGUGUCUGCCUGAUGGUCCACCUCCAUGUCCACUUCUUGCUGGCCAGAGCUCCAGGCUGGUGCAGCUCACGCCCAGCUCUGGCCUGUGGGUGGCCUGUCCUGACCCAGUUGCGUCUGGCCAGGGGAAGAAGGGUUCCCCGAGUGGCAGAGAACAUUCUCCUCAGGAAAAUCCCUGGCAGCCGGUCCCAGGGACUCACAUGUCCUUCCAGCCAACCCCAGCUCACGGAGGAAGAUGGAUCGUGUCAGGCAGGCCAGCUGCCCCGGAGGAAGCGCGCCCCGCCACCCCGUCCCAGAGAGCUGCAGUGCACUUGCUAGGAGGGGAACCAGCUCAUGGCGGGGAGGGGUCUCGUGGGCCUCUGCUGCUCAUUUGUUGCCGCUGCUGCAAAUCUGCAGGGAGGCGUGCAGGGAACUUACACUUAACAGCUCGGUGGUCUCCAGGAGCACCUUGUCGCUCUGUGGAUAAACAGAUUCCUCGCCCAGACGCAUGGCAGCCAUCAGUACUUUUUUUCAGUUACCGUCGGAACUCGCUUUCCAAAUCAAGACAGCACAGUGUUGAGGAGGGUCUCAGAUAUACACCAGGAACAGAGGCAGUGGGGCCUCAGCUGCUACAUACGGGGGCAGAGCCUCAGCCUCCCCCUCGCUCUGCAGCUCCUCCCAGCCCCAGAGCAAAGAGAAAUCUCUGGUGUCUGGCAUCUCCCGCUUUGGGUCUCAUAGAGCCCCUGCCCGAGCCCCGUGCAUGCCUCCUGACUGGAAACCCCAUUAGCAAGUCAGUGUUUAAGGCCUCUGACACUGUUUUGAGUGGAAGCCCUGUUUGUGGGGUUCAUUCCAUUCUAUUCAGAAAACUUCACCCUUUCAGCAAACGCUUCGUGGUGCUGGUGCUGUGAAGUUCACAUUCUAGUCUGACUCCGCCCUCGUGCAGGGACCGCGACGGAGGCAACUCUGUGACAUACGCCGCGUCCGACCCGUUAUUAAUCACUGUAAAUCUGGAAUAAUCUCUACAAACAUAUUUUGUUCCCUACAAAUGUAUUUGUGCCCACUUUCUCUAAUAAAUCUUAUGUCAGA